UGUAAGAAACUAGAGCCAGCGCUGAGGAAGUCCGGUCCCCAGGCCAUGGGGGGACAGCUGAGGCUGCCGCCCGGAGAGAGCUGCCGAGAAGGUUAUGUGCUGUCUCUAGUCUGUUCGAACUCUUCCCAGGCUUUAUGUGAGAUCACAAAUGUGUCACAGCUGCUGCCUUAUCCUGUGCUCUACACAAACCUGAAUUCCACUAUAACCAAUUCCAGCAUCUCAGCAAAUGUAGAAAACAAAUACAGUCUUUAUGCGGGCUUGGCAUUGGCCAUAAGCUCCAGCAUUUUUAUUGGUUCAAGUUUCAUACUCAAAAAGAAGGGUCUCUUGCAACUGGCCGACAAGGGCAUCACUAGAGCAGGGCAAGGUGGCCAUUCUUACCUGAAGGAAUGGGUGUGGUGGGCAGGACUGCUGUCAAUGGGAGCUGGAGAGGCAGCGAACUUUGCAGCUUAUGCCUUUGCACCUGCCACCUUGAUCACGCCCCUGGGGGCACUGAGUGUUCUAGUAAGUGCAAUAUUGUCUUCCUAUUUUUUAAAUGAGCACUUGAACAUUCAUGGGAAAAUAGGCUGCAUAUUAAGCAUAUUGGGGUCAACUGUGAUGGUUAUCCAUGCCCCCCAAGAGGAAGAAGUCACUUCUUUGCAGGAAAUGGAAAUGAAAUUGAGAGAUCCAGGAUUCAUUUCCUUUGCUGUGAUCGUCUCUGUGAUCUCCUUGGUGCUGAUGGUACUUGUGGCACCGAAGAAAGGACAGACUAAUAUAUUGGUCUACAUUGCCAUCUGUUCUUUGAUUGGAGCCUUUUCAGUUUCUUCUGCCAAGGGCUUGGGAAUUGCCAUCAAGGAACUACUGGAGUGGAAGCCUGUUUACAAGAAUCCCCUGGUCUUUAUACUGUUGGCUGUGCUUAUACUUUCAGUAAUGACACAGAUUAACUAUCUCAACAAAGCCUUGGACACUUUCAACACAUCUCUGGUGACUCCCAUUUAUUAUGUGUUCUUCACAUCCAUGGUGGUGACAUGUUCUGCCAUCUUGUUCCAGGAGUGGUAUGGCAUGAAAGCCAGAGAUAUCAUUGGUACCCUGAGUGGGUUCUUUACCAUCAUCAAUGGCAUCUUCCUUCUACAUGCUUUUAAAAACACUGACAUCACCUGGAGUGAGCUCACAUCCACUGCUAAGACGGAAGUCCUUUCUCCAAAUGGCAGUCAGAACAGUUAUGUUUUAUUAGAGAAUGCAGACUGUUCAGUCUUGGGGUAUGAUGACGACGUCACCCUGUUUAGCAGGACUGAUGAUGACCAAAGUCUCCAUAAACUUUGAACUACAACCAAGACAACUGGAGAGAAACAAUAUUUACUCUUGGAAGGUCUGUUUGUAUGGCAUGUUAGCAUAUUUAAUAUGGUAUGAACACUAUGGAUGGGACGCCAAGGAAAAAGCCUUUGCUCUGACCACCAAAUUGGAAAAUCAAGUUUGAUCUUCUUUUAGAAAACUCGUGCCUUUCUAUAAUGUUUUCAAAAGCAUUGAAACAGUCCCUGAGCACACAAGAAGUCAAAGACUUUUGUUCAUCUCUGGAAAAUUCCUGGUCAUUAGAUUUAUUUGGCACUGCUGGGUGGGGCAUCAUUUCCUCUCUGCCUAGUCUUGGACUCAGGGUGAUUGACAGAUCAGGUUAACUGGCUUCUGACUGAGUGGUCUCUGAUGAGUCAUACUCUGAAGCUAUUAAAACUACAGAAUAGAAAGACUGGUGCUUUGUCCUCUCAUCUGCAAACUCUUCUUUUACAACUAGACAACAGAUGGGCAAAAUAUAAAAGAACAUAGUGGCCUAAAAUGUAUGUAACACACACAUUUUUUUUCUUUUCCCCAAACACACACAAAUGAUUAUAUGAGCAUAGAUAUGGCUAAAAUUAGCAAAAGUGUGUUUUCUGGAAGACCCAAGUGAAUUUAGUUAUUUUGAGCUGGGUGUUGGUGGCGCAUGCCUUUAAUCCAAUACCGGGGAGACAGAGGUAAGCAGAUCUCUGUGAGUUCAAGGCCAGCCUGGUCUUCAAGAGCUAGUUCCAGGACAGCUUCCAAAGCCACAGAGAAAACCAUGUCUUGAAAAACCAAAAAAAAAAAAAAAAGUCAUUUUGUUCCCUUUUCUUUUUCUUUUUUGGUGCUUUGGAGUUUGGAUGUUUGCUUUGGGUUUGUCCUCUUGUUUGGUUAUUGUUGAGGCAAGCACUCUCGCUGUGUGACACAGGCUGCCCCAGCUUAGCACAACCCUGAGGACUGGGGUUACAGUGUGCACCACCACGACAGCAUCUCCUUGAAAAAUAUUGUUCCAUAGAUUUCUUCUCAUUGACAUAGCAGUUUCUGUAAAGCAAUCACUACACAAUGUGACAUUUAAUAGCAUGCAUCGGUUUUCCCCAAAUGUCUUAUCCCUAAAAGGUGGGUCUUCCCAAACUGAAAGCAGCUAACAGACUCUUUGUGAAGUCCAGAUGUUCUUUCACCCUUAUAAGGGAAUUAUGAACACUUUCUAAAUUUUCAGAAUUGGCACAGCCCACUGUUGUUUUGAGUUAUGGAUGCAUUUUUUCCUAUCGAAUCCUCUUGGACAGGCUUUCUAAUUCAGCUCAUUGAUAAGUGUGUAGCAGAAGAGACAUUCCUAAGAACAAAAGUGUUAAGAACCCAGAUAUACUCCAGGAAGUGUCUUUUGCUCGUUGCAACUUUGCAUUUGAUAUCUCUGACUCAUUCUAGAUUCCUGCUCCUAGGAUCUCCAGCAGAGUUAGUACAGAAUGAGUGCAGUUAACUUCACUGAAUGCUUGUGGAAGCUGAUAAGCCAUGGGCAUUCCAUGAGUUGAUACCUCAAGUCAAAUACAUGUUUACUAUCCAUCUCUGACUCACUUUGUGUAUCAGAUAUAUAAGCUGUGAACACGAGUUUGUGAAAAAGAAAAAAAUCAUCUGAAAGGUUAGUGUGUUUGAAAUGUGUACACAUUCUUUGACUGGUUUUCCUUCUUAGCUUUGAGGACUCUGCUGGGUUCCCCAGGGCAUCUUCUUGGGAAGGGUGUUAGCCGUCUCUCUUGAUGUCUUUCCUCGGGUUGGGACAGUUCUCCAUUCUAGUGAUCUUAACUUUUAGACAUUUAUUAGAUGUUACUUGUUACUUGACACCUUGGCUGUCAAGUUUUGCCCUUGGUACCCUGUGCAUAGGUCAAAGGUUCCUGGAACACAAGAAUGGAUGUGUUCUAGGUUGGAAAAUGAACUGGCAUUGACACAUACAGCCAGGAGGAAGUCUGAGAGACUUAAUGAGUUGUCAAAUGUGGAGAAACAGUGAAAUAUUGAUUGGUAAAACUCCCCGGAAAUUAACAUGGUAUAAUCAAUCUAAUGCCAGAACCGAACCUUUUUCUGCUGAAGGAAGGGAAGGGUCAGCUGCUCUGUUCCUAUAUUCACUCUGUGCCAUUGGAACUGCUUGUCCCAUGCUCUGCAUUUGAAUGUAUGCCUUGUCAUCACAUAGACACCUCAUGAUUUCUUUAGUGAAUAUUGAUACAUAUGUAAAGAAAACAGUUUUCUUUUUAAUUUAUAAUUUCACUGUUAGGUCAAUGCUUAAUGAUUCUAUUUUUAAUCCAGAGAAAAAAGAUAUUCAUAAAAUUCUUUAGAUUUAGCUACAUUGGAUUAAAUAACAUUUGUUUCUGAGAAAGGAAAACCCUAGUUCACAUACAUAGGAAGCUUCCUAUAUCAUGCCCAGCGAAUUCACUGACGUUAAUUCUCACUGAAUCAACAUUCUAACCCUGACAUCCUCCUAGAAAGAGGAGGACCACAGAGCACAAGAUGAAAGGAAUCCCUCAUCUUUCCUCAAUUACGGUCAUAGUAUUCAUUUUAGACAUUUCCAGUGAAGGCAAACUCUUCAUCGUCCACCCUCAGCCACUAUAUAAAACCAUUCCAAUGAAAACCUUUUUCUUAGAGAGGGGGCACAUACGUAGCUCAGCAGCACAGUGCUUCAUCAGCGUGCACACAAGGCAUUGGGUUUGAUCCUCACAUGGGGGGGGGUGAUAAAACCAGUGAAGCCAAAGUAGAUGUCACUUUCACCUUCAGAAGCUUUUGGUGUUUGUGUGUGUGUGUGUGUGUGUGUGUGUGUGUGUGUGUGUAAUCAUAUGUAUAUGCUGAAUGUUCUCAAAUAUUUUUUUUUGAUAAACUGUGUUCACGAGCGUUUAUGUUUUUCAACUGCUUGUAAAUUCUAUUCAUUUUAGAUAGCUUAUAAAUUUGUAAUGUUUCUGUCUGUUUCCAAUAAAAUAAUGUGCUUGUGCUGUG